AUGGAGAAAUCUACAUUAAAAGAAAAAAUAAAAUGGCUUCAAGUAUUGAUUGGAAAACUCAAUUAUAUUAGAACAAGAGGAAGAUUAGAUAUAGAAUUUGCUUUAGGCAAGCUGUUACGUCUAGUAUUGUUCCCUCAUCCUAAAGUAAUUAAAGCAGUCAAAACAUUGUUGAAGUAUGUUAAUGAUACCAGAUAUAUAAGAAGCGACGAGGAGAAUAAAUUGGACAUCACAGUGGUUGCAGAUGUAUCAUUGGGAUCUGAGUUUGACGUGGUGUUAUCGUAUGGAUUGGUAAAAAUUUUUAUGAUGGUUUUUCCAAAAAAUCCACUAUAG